UGAAAGAGAUGCAUAUAGAGAAGUUUAGUAACUCAAUUAAAAACCUAUUUUGUUGAGCAUGCACCCCUUGCAAUAAAUUUGAGUCAGCACCAACAACAGCUCUGCAGUCCUCCAAUGUAGUGCUGAUCAGGUGGUUGCAGAGCCCCUGCUAACAGCAAUAUGAUGCAGCUGAAGAGGAACGCACAAUCCACAGAGAGGAACUGUAGCUACUCUCCAGAACAAGGCAACCUUUAAGCAUAAUCUUUCAGAGAAAUGAUGCACUGAUACUGCAGAAGGGACUGUGGCAACAAUGGAAUACCAGAUACUGAAAACACGUCCUUGUCUACUGGUCCUUCUGAUUUUUAUUCCCACUGUUCUGUGCAUUUGUCCUUCUAAGUGUACGUGCUCAGGAAAUAACAGAAAUGUGGACUGUUCUGGCAGAAACUUGACCACACUCCCACAUGAACUUCAAGAGAACAUUACAUAUUUAAAUCUGUCUUUUAACCACUUUGUUGAUCUUGAUCAUCAGCUGACUCAGUUCACCAAUUUGAGGACCCUUGAUAUUUCAAAUAAUUGGCUCAAGAACAUUCCUGCUCAUCUGCCCAAGUCUCUAUGGGAAAUAUAUGCCAUGGGUAACAAUAUUAAAGUUCUUCAGAAACUUGAUACAGCUUACCAGUGGAAUCUUAAAGUGCUUGACGUUUCCAGGAAUAUGGUAGAAAGAGCGGUACUUAUCAACAAUACAUUGAGCAGUCUCAAGUUUCUCAAUCUCAGUAGCAACAAACUUUGGACAGUUCCAACCAAUAUGCCCUACAACAUAGAGACGGUGGAUCUAUCAAACAACUUCUUAACACAAAUACUUCCAGGAACACUGGUGAGGCUGCUACACCUCACAAACAUUUAUCUGCACAACAACAAGUUCACAUAUAUUCCUGACAAAGCUUUUGAUCGGCUCUUUCAACUACAAGUCAUAACACUUUAUAACAACCCAUGGUCAUGCAACGAUAAGCAAAAUAUCCCUUACUUGCUCAAGUGGGUGAAGGAAACAGCAGCCAUUGUGAUAGGGUCUCCAUGCCCCAAUCAAACUAUGUCUUGGAUUAAUGCCACCCCAUUUUUGUCUGCUCCCACAGUUACAGACACUAACCUCAUGGGUAAAGGAACAAAGGCAGUAGACACGAAUGGCUCUCCAAUGGCAACUGACCCAAUCCAAGUGACAAAAAUACGUGAACAAUUUCGAGCAAAUGAAGUUACAUUAAGUGCUACCUUAAGCCAAACUGUAUUAUUUACAAGCACAGAUAGACCAUUACUCCUCUAUCCAGAAGUUCCGACUACUCGAAAAAUUAGUUCGCAUGAAGCAGCAGCCACACACACUAUCUACAUUAAAAAUUCAACUGAUGUGAACUCAAGCAUGAUGAGUUCAACAGGAUCAUCCACUACUCCCAUGACCCUAAGUAUUACCAGCAGAAUGCUAACAAACUACUCUAAAAUGCCUGCACAAAGCACAACUGCUACCUUAAGGAAAGAGGAGUCCACCACAAAUAUUUUUAACACUCAUGCGCCCUCCAAAGCAAGCAUUUGUGAGGUGUAUUCAUUCUAUGUUGUAAUGCUUAAUGCAGCGGCAGUUCUGAUUGGCCAAGGGCUUGCAUUUUCUUCUGAAAAUUAACAAAUUUACUCCAGUGAGAAAUAGUUGGAGCAAAACUAUCCAAGUCUAAGAGUGAAUCAAAUACAAUAAAUUCAGUUUUGAAAUUCUGACUCUGCUCUAUACUAAGCUGCUACUUAUUUUAAUGUUGUAUUGAGUAAAACUAACCUAUCAAAUGCUUUGUUUUUAUGAAAUGUGCUUAUUUUGUAUUUACAUUUUUAAUUUUCCUUGCACAAAAAUAAAACAUCGGAAUUUUAUGUAUUGGUUUUAUGUAUGUUUUAUCAUUAAACAUCCAGAAAAAAUAAAAGGCCUGUAACAUAUCUGCUUUUUCUGGCUUGAUUUGCCAAUCAGUGAUUCUUGUAAUACAGCUGUUAUGAUCCUCUACGUUAAAAUGAAAUGCAAAAGAGGGUGAGGGGAAAUAAAGUAAAUUAAACCUG